CACUGCAAAAUCCAUCGCUGCCCCGUCAGCGUGGACGCUCCCCAAUCCGUUCGCCGAGUUAUGCUUCACCAAUCUAAAAUCUAGACCGCGACUCAAGUAACGAGUCCUAUGACUCUGCUCGUGAAAGGCUGUCCUCUUCUUCUACUGGCGACAGCAGCUACUCUAGCGAUAUUAGCAAUAUUUUCUACACGCCUGGUCAGUCCCCUAGCCUCGAGCCGUCACACUUCAGCUUCCAGAGUAGAAAUCUCACGCAUGUUGAUGAUGGUCUCCUUCCGGAACCUCGAGCCUUACAACACCCGUAUCCGUUUGAUGCGUAUGCUCCCUGUGACCUUAUACCCGAGGAGCUGCAGCAUUUUUCUUCGGCUUUCUCAGAAUAUCACCGUCACCAUCCCUUUACAUACUCUUCGCACUAUACACACGCUGCGAAUGCAAUCAAGAAGGAGUUUUUAAGGCCGUCUAUCAUUCCAGACCAGCGCACAACACAUGAUCACUCGGAGAAUGAUAGACGGGAAACGGACCUUAAUCUUGGUAGUCCGAGACCGGAAC